UAUCAGUCAGAAAGCAUCAAGUACACGUUGCAUCCAAAACAAAAGUGAAAGUGUUUUUGUUUGUGCGCAGACGGGGAGCAGUUCAGCCUGAGAGAGAGGAAUGACAGAGACAUUAGAAACAAAUUAUCAAUCUAUUCCGAACAUGGACCAGGAAGGGGCCACCCUGUCCGGGAAAAAGUUCUAUGUCUCGGUGUCGGGAACAACACAUGGGGCUCAUGUUCCUUGGGUCAAACAGUUCAGAGGCAUGGGCCACACCGAGGUCCAAUCUGAAGGUGAAAGUAACUACAUUCUGCUGUUCUGUCCCAUCGUGUCCCGAGUUGGAACAGACAUCAGUGAGGCUCUGGAAAACAUUCAACAUAGUAACAAAGCAGUUAUUCUGGUGGUCAUGCAUCACACCUUCAACGCUGACUACGUGUUGGCUGAAAGCAGAAGGCUGGUCGACAACCCAAACGUCUGCCUGGUUGUGGACUGUCUGUUCCACGAGGGACGGCUCCUCAACUGUAACCGUAAUGACAUUGCACGGUUUGAGAUCGAGAAGUUUCUUGGAGUUGCUUCUCCACCUGCUCAGGUUUCUGUCUUGCAGAACGUUCGAAAAUGCUUUUCUGGGUGGAGCCAAGGGAAGAUCUGUUGUUUUGCCACCGUGAUUAUACUCGUGGUGGUACUGAUCAUUCUGUUACCCGUGCUUUCUACCCAGAUUAAGUAAAGUCGAGUAAAGGCCGUCACUAACCGAGAGUUAACCAUCUGUUUACUCUCACAAUCGAAUAACCUUGAAGUAUUAGGGUGACACAUUAAUGAGUAAUGUAAUGCAUGUGAAUCAUCUUAAGAAUAUAUAAUUACAGCUGAAUAUUAAUGUAUUGCUGUAGUGGAGUUUAUUGGAUAAUACAGAUGUUAAAGUUUGUAAUCUUUCGAUCACUAAUCUUUUAUGGGAAGAGAAAUAAAGAAUGAUGUAACGGCAGAUACACGCCUUAGUAAGACGGAAAGAAGGCAAGCAAGAUGAAAAGUCAGGUUCUUUGUUGAGUCUGUCAAUAAAAUAAUAAUGAAAUGCUUAAAUGUACAUUAAAAGGGUUUUUGUUGGCCCCAAAGAAUUAGAUGAGAAUGUUAAGUGUACAACUAUUGUUGUGUUAUAAUACUUGUACUUUUUUUUGCGUUUUGAGAUACUGAUAAUUUUUUUUCAACAUGUGAUUGAUCAAAGUUUUGAUUCAUUUGAUUUUUGCUCAUCAUAAGUAUUGAUUUCAUGAAGAAUAAAUAAUUAUACACCAAGAAAAA